CUAAGAGUUAGGAUUGCAUCAAAAUUAGGUGCACUAAGAUGGUUUGAAAAUGCAUCAUGUCGAGAUGCACCAUAAUCCUUUAAAAAUGCACUAUCUCGAAAUUUGAGUGCUGAAUGCAAUCUGAGCCGCACGAUGCAUCAGAUCCAAAGGCUAGAUUUUAUUCUUAUUUCUUUCACCAAGACCCCCUCUUUAAGGGAAAGCACGACCGGUAUGUCUACAGUGAAUCGAGAUUACGCUUCAAUGGAUUUGCAGAGUGUUCAACAACAACCACCCGAAACAUCAGAUUCAAAUUUCAGACUCAUAAUAAGGUAUUUGAGCUCUUUUAUUCCAUCUACAAUCACAACUUCUGCAUUUCUGAUUUCGGAGCUAGAAGAUAUCACAUUUGGUUUGAUUUGGACACGAUUAAUUGGAUCCUGGGUUCCCUUCCGUUUUUCUCACAGCCUAAUUGUAGGGCAGUGUCCAAGUUUGAGGACAAUAGAACCUUAGACCUUUCCAUUGGUUCCAAUAAAUGGGGCAAAUUUGUGAAAAUCCAAGAGUCUAGAAGAGAGGGCAGUACAUUUCUUAUUAUCCCCUUCGACUCAAACGCUGAUGGCCCAAAACUUUUCACAAAGGCCCUUGCCAUAUUCACCAAGAGAGCUACCAAUCUUGAGGUAAGGUCACAGGUGCGGGUGUCUGAGGAACAUCAGGAUUCACAGAGCCAUUCUCCCAUUGGUAUUGCUAUUUCACCCAUGCCUACAGAUACAGGGCAGACUGUAAAUACACAACAAAGUGGAGAUGUCACAAGUUCAGAGGGCUUAGUUCAAGAUCCCACCUCCGCUGAAUCAAACAAGCAACUAGUUAUUUUCCAAACUCAAGCAGCCCCUAAUUACAGCCUAUCCACCGGUCAAGCCGAAGUGUUCCCACCCCUACCACGGAUAAUCCUUAGUCCUUCUGCUCCCGCCUUUGUGCCUGGUUUAUACUCCUAUGCUGCUCUUUUCACUCACGAACAAGGAACCGACGCUAUAACAAAGCCGGAAGAAGACCCCUUUUCAAAUCUCAAUGGUCAAAAUUUGAUACUAUCCCUCAACUCAGUGGAAGAUCACGCUAAGGAAAGGGAUGGACCCAUUCUCUAUACCCACUCCGAUGGGGAGGAUUUUGUGUUCAUAGAUUCAAAGCUCAAACCUUUGCAAAUUGACUUUUCUAGAUGCUCCAAACACCCUCUCCAUCUCCGUAAGGAACUAAAGGGCAGAAAGAUGUACUCACCGUCACAAAUUGUUACGAGGAGUAAGGCUAAAAUCCUUGAGCAAGGAAGGAAAUUUAAUCCUAUCGGCUGGGUCGAAGAAGAAGACGUAUUAGAUCCCCAGGAAUCACAUGAAGACGAGGUUAUCAAAUUCUUCAAACUUUGUUGUCCUCACAAGAUCGAAGAGCCUAAACCGAUUAGCAAACCUCUAACCAAAACUCAAAAAAAGAAAAUGAAGAAGAAAAAGAAGCAGUCUCAACUUUCUGAUUACGGUUUUGACGAAGAGAUUGAAUAUGCUUAUUGAUUGUCCUGCAAAUUAAUGUGAUCUAAACCUACAAAUUGUUCUUUUUGCUUCUUUCUUUUAGUUACUGCUUUAACCCAAGUCAGUAAUUUGAGUUGGAGCUUGAUUUUACUCUUCUCAUCAAUGCCAAAUCUCCCUGGUGUGCUAGCUCAGCUGCAUGGAUGCUCCCACUGUUUGGACGGAGGGAUGACAGAAUACAUUGGGUUGGACGUUUAUCUUUGGAACCUCCCCCUGCAGAAUUAUUUUUAGCUUUGUUGUACAAUGUUCAAUGCAGCAGUUUCUUGAGAUUAGGAGAUUUAUGUGGAUGUGGUGGAAAUUCUGGAUGCUGAUCUUUACAAACAGAAGGAACAGAAUGCAAGACUAGAUUCGGGCCAUGCUUCUGUUUUGGUUCUCGCUGGUAGUGAGCAAUUAUUAAAGUGUUGUUUGCCAGUUUGUGGGUUGUACUGUUUCCCUUUUGUUUUGGUCUGUUCCUUUCUUUAGUGCUUUGGUUUUUUUCUCCUGUGGUUUUGCUUUGGCCUUGUGUUGGGGACGGCCAACCCCCUCUUGUACCUUUCUCCUUUUAUGUUUAUAAUAAAACAAUCCUUUAAAA